AUGUCUGAAAUUAAUGUAAAAUUGGUUAGCUUAAGAAAUGUUAUUUUAAAAGAACAUUUAUUUAAUAUGCAAAAUUCUAAAUUACCAGUAACACAAAUUUGUAAACAUUUUCAAAUUAAAGAUUUAGUUUGGUCUGAUAUUGACGAACCUUUACCAGCCGAUGACAAUGGUUAUUCUAAAAUGACAUUUGCAGGAAUGAAAUCAAUCAAUGUUCGUGGAACUGCAUUGUAA